UUUCCUUCUUCCUAAACCCAUCUCGAUCCCUACCUAGCUAAGCUAUUUCAUUCACACCUCGAUCAAUCUCGAUCGUCUCUCUCGUCUACUACUAGUACUAGCUUCUUCUCCUCCAUUUCUGACCUGAGCUAGCUCAGAACAGAGAGCUGAGAAUCAUCAGCUAGCUAGCUAGGCGUCUGGGGAGAGAGCAGGAGCCAUGUCGGAGUCGGAGGUGUCGGUGAUCAACCAGCUGGAGGAGGAGGAGACUCGGCUGGAGCUGCCGCCGGGGUUCCGGUUCCACCCCACCGACGAGGAGGUGGUGACCCACUACCUCACCCGCAAGGCCCAGGACCGGAGCUUCUCCUGCGUCGUCAUCGCCGACGUGAACCUCAACAACUGCGAGCCAUGGGACCUCCCAAGCAAGGCGAAGAUGGGGGAGAAGGAGUGGUUCUUCUUCUGCCACAAGGACCGCAAGUACCCGACGGGGAUGAGGACGAACCGGGCGACGGCCAGCGGGUACUGGAAGGCCACCGGGAAGGACAAGGAGAUCUUCCGCGGCCGCGGCCUCCUCGUCGGCAUGAAGAAGACGCUCGUCUUCUACAUGGGCCGCGCCCCCCGCGGCGAGAAGACCCCCUGGGUCAUGCACGAAUACCGCCUCGACGGCAAGCUUCCCCCCAACCUCCCCCGCUCCGCAAAGGAGGAAUGGGCGGUUUGCCGGGUGUUCAACAAAGACUUGGCGGCAAAGAUUGCCCAAAUGCCGCCGCCUCCCUUCCCGCGCAACGACUCCUUCGACCUCGACCUCGACGACUUCCUCCACCUCGACGCCGACCUGCCGCCGCUCAUCGACGACCCCUUCGCCUCCACCUCCACGCUCAAGACGGAGCCACCUCCGCCGGCCAACCUGAUGCACAACCACUACGGCUACUUCUCCCUCCCGGCGUCAGCGACCAAUUAUAACCACAGCUCCGGCGCCAUGGCGGACCAGGCGAUUCGGAGGUUCUGCAAGGCGGAGGCGUCGACGGCGUGCUUCUCCGGCGCCGACGCUGACGUGGAUCCGGUGGUGGACGAGCUGCUCUCCUUCCCGGACUCCAUCACGGACUACUCCUACAUAUGGAAGGCCUGACCAGAUUAAUUUCGUGGUUAAUUUGCCAUAUGAUCGAUCAGAUUAAUCCUGUUUAAUUAGUUGGUUUAUUAACUUGAUUACUGUCAAAGGUUUGGGUUAACUAGGAGAUGAUGAUGAUGGAGUUUGUGGUGAUGCGAGAGAGAGAGAGAUUAGGUCGCGCUGAUCUGGUCUGAUCAAGGUGUGCAGAGCAGAUGGAGCGGACUAAUUCAUUAAUUAGCUUAAUCAAAUUAGUUAUAUAGGUUUGUUUGUCUUAAUUCUGUAUGUAUAUAGUUAUCUGAUUGGGGAUAAUACAUAGAGAUUACUAGCUAGCUAGCUAGUUUGGUGAUUAGGGGGGUGAUGAGCUAGCUAGAGAGAGAUAUCUCAUCAAAAUUAAGGUCUCGGUUGGUUGAUUAAUCUGCAGAUUAUAUAUUGCCUUGUGUGUGAUAGGCCAUGUGGCCUCUUUCUGUGUAUGUGUGUGUGUGGAUGGAAGGAGUAAAUUAACUAAACCCCUUGUACAUGUACCAUCAGUUGUGCUUUACUUACAUGAUCAAUUCAACCAUUGAUCGAUUAACCAAACCGAGAUUUGCAUC